GUGCAAGCACCAUAACAUCUUUUCCUUUUAAUUUUCGUGUUUUUUAAAAAUAUAUUUUUUAUUUAUUAUGCAGUUUUGUAGUUUAUAUAUUUUGUAGCAUUUGAUUUUAAACAAAACAAAACAGUGAAUUUAAUAAAAUUGUACAGUGAAUUUUUUUGCUUAAUGCUAAUACAUGCGUAUAUAAGUGACAGAAAACAUUUGUGUUUUGUGAUUGAUCAAAUACAUUUAUCUACAUACAUACACACAAAUUGACGACACGUCAGUUUAAAAUUUCAGAAGAAAAUAGUAUGGAUAGGAAGAAGGAAAGGUUUCAAUAUUAAAAUUUUGCAAGUGUAAUAUACUCUAUGCACAAUGGGUACAAGAAUCGAAUAUGUUGAUACAACUCAAAUGUAUGCAACAAACUAUAUACGUAAUUCAAAAGCUGUCGCUGUUCUUUGGAUUAUUUUCACAAUUUGUUAUGCAAUAAUAAGUGCUGUAGCAUUUGCUACACCAGAUUGGAUUGGAGAUUCGAGCCCAGAAAAUAUUGGACGGCUAGGAUUAUGGCAAGUAUGUCAAAGAAAUUUUGUUGCGGAUGUUUGUCAAAGACGAUGGGAGAAUAUAUUAUCAGUUUCUUCCCUCACAUUUCAGGUGGCUACAAUUUUUGUUGGAUUAGGAGUAAUAAUGGCGUUUUCAGUAAUAUUUCUGUUAGCACUUAUGUUGUUUUUGAAAUCUACAACAGUAUUUAAUAUGUGUGGCUGGGCCCAAAUUAUGUCAGCGGCUUUUAUGAUCCUAGGAUGUGCAACAUUUCCUCUUGGGUGGAAUUCGGAAGAAUGUCGGACCAUUUGCGGAGCUGAUGCCAAUCGAUAUGCAUUGUCAUCAUGUGAAAUUAAGUGGGCAUUUGCUUUAGCUGUAAUAAGUUGCAUUGACGCUAUAAUUUUGGCUACAUUAGCAUUUAUUUUGGCAACAAAAAAUAUUCGGCUCCAACCAGAACCAAUGUAUCAAAGCUCAGCUUAUAAAGAUGGUAUAAGCCUUGGUUCAAGAAAAUCUUUAAAUCUACAGCCGGUCCUACUAGUAACUUCACCUAAUCAUGGAGAUGACACAACUUCACAAUUCUCAAGCCAUGUUUCAAGUCAUCAUAAUCGUUUAAAUAGACCAGAUUAUAAUACAUCAAUACAUCAGUUUCAAUUAUAAUGCUGUUUAUUUGAAAUUAUCACAACUUUGGAGAUAAUUAUAUGUAUAUGUACAUACGAGUAUGUUUCUAAGUUUUAAAUAGUAAAUUUUUGAAUAAUAUUUUAUACAAACUUAACAAUUUUAACAAAGUAAAAUAUCAAAAAAAUGUCUUAAA